CUGGAGCCUUGUAGAAUCAGCCAUGGUCAACCCCACCGUGUUCUUCGACAUUGCCAUUGAUGGCGAGCCCUUGGGCUGCGUCUCCUUUGAGCUGUUUGCAGACAAGUUUCCAAAGACAGCAGAAAACUUUCAUGCUCUGAGCACUGGAGAGAAAGGAUUUGGUUAUAAGAGUUCCUGCUUUCACAGAAUUAUUCCAGGGUUUAUGUGUCAGGGUGGUGACUUCCCAUGCCAUAAUGGCACUGGUGGCAAGUCCAUCUACGGGGAGAAAUUUGAUGAUGAGAACUUCAUCCUAAAGCAUACAGGUCCUGGCAUCUUGUCCAUGGCAAAUGCUGGACCCAACACAAACGGUUCCCGGUUUUUCAUCUGCACUGUCAAGGCUGAGUGGUUGGAUGGCAAGCAUGUGGUCUUUGGCAAGGUGAAAAAAGGCAUGAAUAUUGUGGAGGCCAUGGAGCGCUUUGGGUCCAGGAAUGGCAAGACCAGCAAGAAGAUCACCAUUGCUGACUAUGGACAACUUUAAUAAGUUUGACUUGUGUUUUAUCUUAACCACC